AUGGCCGAGAUAUUCUUCUCCUCAGAUAUCGCAGAUAAUGUGAAGGAGAAGGUGGUUGUCAUGACAGGCGGUGCGCAGGGAAUUGGAGCAGCAACGGUUUCCCUGUUAUACGAGAGAGGCGCCCAUGUUUAUUUCGGCGACUUGGACGAUGUCAAGGGCCGUCAAAUGGUUAGUCAUGUCCACUCGAGCAUACCGCACAGCAACGGUUCAGUCCAUUUCCAAAAGCUCGACGUUCGCAACUACAACCAACAACUUCAGCUCUUCAAGACCGCCUAUGAAGAGCGAGGUCAUGUCGACAUUGCAAUCUCUUGCGCUGCUGUCGUAGAACCGACUGGUUGGUUUGGACCGGACCAACUUACCCUCGACGCGGUGGAGACAGAACCCCAGCCGCUCAAGAAUGUCAUCGACAUCAACCUCACGAGCGUUGUUCUCUUUUGUCGACUAGCAAUCGCCUUUAUGAAGGCAGAUAAGGACCAGGCCAAGCCAAAUGAAUUGUCCAAGUCUAUUGUCUUGAUCUCUUCUAUCGCUGGAAUAGUCGAAGCUGCCGGUCUCUUCGCCUACAGUGCUUCAAAGCAUGGCAUUAUAGGGCUGAUGAGAUCCUUACGAGCGCUAGCUUCAGCCAAGUACAACAUUCGCAUCAACGCCGUGUGUCCCUGGGCAACAGAUACGCAGAUGAUCGAUAACGUUCGUUCGAUCUGGGACGAGCAUCAUCUCCCGCUGAAUUCACCCAAGGACGUUGCGCAGUUUGUCACUCAGCUCGCAACUGACAACUCUUUGAGUGGGAAGUCUGUUCUGGUCGCUGGUGGUAGAGGGUAUGACACAGAGGAGGGCAUCGAUAGGACCAUGUCUGAAUGGUUUGGACCUCUUACGGAAGAGUUUUGGCGGGGACAAAAGGCCUUUGGAACGGUGAGGACUAUUAUUUGCUUAUGUGAUUUCCUUUUGAGGAAUAUGCGCCGUCUUCAUAUGAGUUAG